UACCACUUUUUGUAAACUUUCCUAGGUGAAGAUGCCUCAAUCUUGUUCUACACUAGUGGACGGGGUUAAGUGUCAUGAUGGAGAGGACAGAAGGGUUAGGGGGACCACUGAUGAAGAUACUCUAGAUGACAGUAGAGACAACGUUGAAGGGAGUCUGCCUGAGCAUCCCAGCGCCUUUGAAGAAAAUACUGAAGAUGAAUUUAUCUAAAUAUGUUGCUGUAGCAGGGGAGCAGACUUCUGAGGUUGAGAUUUGGGAUCUUAAUACUGCAGAAAGGUUUGCACGGCUUCCUCAAAGCUGCUUUGGUGGUUCCCCGGGUAUUUCUUCCAAGGAGAGAGGUCCCAUUCUAAUUCAUUCAACAUUUUGCUUACUAGUUUCCGGGUUUGAUUGUGUUUCAGUUUAUACCAGAUCGAAAUAG